CUCAGUUAAUCUCACCUUGCUUUGAUUUAUCAUCGUUGUAUGCUAUCUCGUGUUCUAUAUAACCUUCUAUUAAAGUCGUGAACCUUGUGUCGACCUGACUUAAUCUACUUACACUCCCCACUGGACAGACAGCAAUGCCGAGCUACAAACUUCACUACUUUGACAUCCGGGGCCGCGGGGAGCUGAGUCGUUACCUCUUUCUGGCGGCAGGUAGGGACUUUGAGGACAACCGGAUACCGCGAGAUGAGUGGCCAAAUGUCAAACCAACGUUAGUGUACGGGCAGGUUCCGGUACUUGAGGUGGACGGGAAACAGCUGGCGCAGAGCAACGCAAUUGCACGAUUCCUAGCUAGAGAGUUUGAUCUCGCUGGUAAGAACAGCUGGGAGCAGGCGCUGUGUGACCAGACCCUGGAACUUAUUAACGACCUUAUUCAGGAAGUCGUCAAGUUCUUCUUCGAAAAGGACGAGGAGAGAAAGAAAGAGGUGGGGAAACAUUUAGCUGAAGUAGUAUAUCCCAAAUUCUUGGGAUACUUCGAAAAACAACUCGAUAAUAACGGCGGAAAAUAUUUAGUAGGAAGCGGGUUAACCGUAGCAGAUUUGGCAGUCUAUGCUGUUUUAGACACAGCCGUGCAAAAUUCGGAAACCUUCUUGGAGAAGCACGAGAAAUUGCGGGCUCAUCGAGACAUGGUAGGCGCCAUUCCGAAGAUACAGGAAUAUGUCAGCAAUAGAAAAAAGACUGACAUCUAGACUUUAAUUACCAUAAUAAUUGAACAAAAUAGAUAUUGUAAACGUAUGGUAUGGUAUUAUAUGGUAUGUACACUUGUUAGUAUGUAUUAUGUAUUCUUAUAUAAAUUAUAAUAUGAAAUAAACAUUGAAGCAAGUUG